AAAUAAAAACAUGGCGUGUGUGGGUGUGUGUGUGUGUGUGUGUGUGACGGACAGCGAAGAAAGGCAAAGACAGAGGUGCGGUGCAAGCUCAGGCUCUGAGAAUGCCUCAGACUAGCAGUUACAAAAACUUGAAUUCCAACUCCAACUCAAGUUCAAAUUCGCAGGAAGCUAACGAUAAUAAUAAUAAUAAUAAGAAUAAUGAGAAUAAGAAAUCGGAAAAGAGUAGUCCUCCGAUGCUGAAAAAAUCGCGCACGAUCAACGACGACAACAGCAGCACCCCACACUUCCCGGGCCCACUGUUCCCAGCCGUUCGGCGCAUCUCUAGCACACCUCCUCAACGCUCCGAUCUCCGGGUUUCCAUAGACCAAGAUCCUUUACAGCAGCCUAACAAUGGACAUGGUGAUUUCUCCGAUCGGGACUGGUUUUAUCCUUCCUUUGUGGUCCCACAUGCUCCCAAACGAGGAGGACACCGGCAGUCAGCCUUGUCGGAUUUGCGAAAUCGUACACCUACUGCUGCUAAGCUCCUCGACCAGAGGAUCUCCCCUCUUCUUCCUCCUCUUGCUUCUUCUUCUUCUUCUUCUUCUUCUUCUUCUUCUUCUUCUGCUUCUUCUUCUUCUUCUGUAUCUGUUGAGAAGAAGAAGAAACCAGUAAAGCUGCAGCAGCACCAGCUCCCAAAUCAAACUCAAACUCCCUCAACUACCGCUAGCAGUACCUGUACCAGUACCAGUACCAGUACCAGUGAUUUGACUCGGUUUUGCUCAAGGAUAUCUCGGCAACUUAAACCGUCUUCUCUUAUCCUAAUCCUGGUGGCAUUCACUUUUAUAGUAUGUGUUGCUACUUAUACACUCAAUUUGCGUCGUAGAGUUACGAAACUUGAGGAAGAGAACGUUUUUCUCCAUAAACGGUGUAGUGCCAAGACAGAUAGUUUUGGUAGUAAUAUCAGCCUAGAUGAUUUGCGGUCUGAAGAGGAUAGUUCACUUUCGACCUUUGCGAAUGCUGACACUAGAACUGUUGCUUUGUAUACUGUGCUCUUCACGCUCAUAUUGCCAUUUGUGUUAUGCAAAUAUCUUGAUUACCUUCCCCAAAUAAUGAUUUUCUCCAAAAGGACCAAGGGCAGUAAUAACAAGGAGGAGGUUCCAUUGAGGAAGAGAAUUUUGUAUAACGUGGAUGUUUGUUUCUCUGUCUAUCCUUACGCAAAGCUGCUUGCUCUUCUCUUUGCAACUCUGUUUCUUAUUGGCUUUGGUGGCUUGGCACUUUAUGCCGUCAACACCAAUAGCUUUCCUGAAGCUCUCUGGCUUUCUUGGACUUUUGUAGCCGACUCUGGGAAUCAUGCUGAUACACAAGGCAUUGGACCAAGAAUUGUUUCUGUUUCUAUAAGUUCAGGAGGUAUGCUUAUAUUUGCAAUGAUGCUUGGGCUGGUUUCCGAUGCUAUAUCAGAGAAAGUGGAUUCACUAAGGAAGGGAAAGAGUGAAGUUAUUGAAAGGAAUCACAUUCUCAUUCUUGGAUGGAGUGACAAACUGGGUUCUCUUUUAAAGCAGUUGGCCAUAGCAAACAAAAGUGUUGGGGGUGGAGUUGUGGUUGUCCUUGCUGAAAGGGACAAAGAGGAAAUGGAGAUGGAUAUAGCAAAGCUUGAAUUUGACUUCAUGGGAACAUCUGUUAUAUGCAGAAGUGGCAGUCCUCUUAUUCUUGCUGAUCUAAAGAAGGUUUCAGUGUCAAAGGCACGUGCUAUCAUUGUUUUGGCAUCUGAUGAAAAUGCAGACCAGAGUGAUGCACGUGCUUUGAGGGUGGUGCUUAGCCUCACAGGAGUGAAAGAGGGCUUAAGGGGUCAUGUUGUUGUAGAGAUGAGUGACCUUGACAAUGAGCCUCUGGUGAAGCUUGUGGGAGGAGAACUCAUUGAAACAGUUGUUGCACAUGAUGUGAUUGGGCGGUUGAUGAUACAAUGUGCACUGCAACCUGGUCUUGCGCAGUGUCCAUCUUCCUUUGACCAGAUAUGGGAGGACAUAUUGGGAUUUGAGAAUGAUGAGUUUUACAUCAAAAGAUGGCCUCAAUUGGACGGUCUCUGUUUUAAAGAUGUGCUUAUCUCAUUUCCUGACGCGGUUCCCUGCGGAAUUAAGGUUGCUUCAGAUGGUGGGAAGAUAAUCUUAAAUCCGGAUGACAAUUACAUCCUCAAAGAGGGGGACGAAAUCCUUGUUAUUGCUGAAGAUGAUGACACUUAUGCUCCAGGUCCCCUUCCUGAGGUACGCCGAGGUUCUUUUCCAAAAAGUAUGGAUCCUCCCAAAUAUCCUGAGAAAAUACUGUUUUGUGGUUGGCGCCGUGAUAUUGAUGACAUGAUUAUGGUUCUAGAGGCAUUCUUGCCUCCAGAUUCAGAACUUUGGAUGUUUAAUGAAGUUCCUGAAAAAGAAAGAGAGAAGAAACUUACAGAUGGCGGACUUGAUAUUUCUGGAUUAGUGAACAUAAAACUUGUCCAUCGUGAGGGAAAUGCUGUGAUUAGACGGCAUUUGGAGAAUCUUCCUUUGGAAACUUUUGAUUCUAUUUUAAUUCUUGCAGAUGAGUCAUUAGAAGACUCCAUUGUUCAUUCUGAUUCGCGAUCUCUUGCCACUCUUCUCCUUAUUCGUGAUAUCCAGUCAAAACGUCUCCCUGACAAAGAUACAAAGUCAACUUCAUUGAGGCUAUCUGGGUUCUCUCACAGCUCUUGGAUCCGUGAAAUGCAGCAAGCUUCAGAUAAAUCAAUAAUCAUCAGUGAAAUUCUGGAUUCUAGGACUAGAAACCUGGUGUCAGUGUCCAGAAUAAGUGAUUACGUGCUAUCAAACGAACUGGUAAGUAUGGCACUGGCAAUGGUAGCUGAAGACAAGCAAAUUAAUCGGGUCCUGGAGGAACUAUUUGCGGAGGAGGGGAACGAGAUGUGUAUCAAACCGGCAGAGUUCUAUUUAUUUGACCAGGAAGAACUAUGUUUCUAUGACAUAAUGAUUAGAGGACGCCAAAGACAAGAAAUAGUGAUUGGCUAUCGCCUUGCAAACACAGAGCGUGCUAUUAUUAAUCCUUCGCACAAGUCUGAACCAAGAAAAUGGUCCCACGAUGAUGUUUUUGUUGUCAUUGCCUCAGAUGAAUAAAGAAAUAGUACUGACAGAAUUAAGGAGGUAGUUACGAUGAAGAUGACUAGUGUGAGGAAACAGUGAAGAAGGUUUUGUAAUUCUGCAGAAAAUGUGAUGGAGGCCAUAUUGGGUUGACAUUGAAAAUUCUUCAAAGACUAACAUUUGAAUGUUAAUUACUUUCGCAUAAUUGUUCGAAGGGUACUGCUCUGUAACUUUUAUGUCUGAACUAGUACAUGAAAUUUCCUAGCUUAAGAGGGGCGGAUAUGA